AAUAUGCAGGAGAGGAAAUUCAAGUGGGGCAACCCUUCCUAUGAGACGGAGCAAAGAAAAAGCUUAACGAGCCCACUCUCAGAUAUGCCAGGAAAUUUCAACUAGGUCCAGGUAUCACAAGCUGAUUUGGGGGCCUCAUAAAAUGAAUUCAGAUGGAAAUCUUUCUGGAGUUCUAAUUGCAGGUGGUGAAAAUGGCAAUAUCAUUCUGUAUGAUCCUGCUAAAAUCCUAGCUGGAGACGGUGAGGUUGUGAUGGCCCAGAACGACAAGCACACUGGACCAGUGAGAGCUCUGGAUGUGAAUAUUUUCCAGACUAAUCUUGUAGCCUCCGGUGCCAACGAGUCUGAAAUCUACAUUUGGGAUUUAAACAAUUUUGGGACCCCAGUGACACCUGGAGCCAAGACACAACCUCCAGAAGAUAUUAGCUGCAUUGCAUGGAACCGGCAAGUUCAACAUAUUUUAGCGUCAGCCAGUCCUAGUGGUCGUGCAACCGUAUGGGACCUUAGAAAGAAUGAACCCAUCAUCAAAGUUAGUGACCAUAGUAAUAGAAUCCCAGUCAGUCCCCAGUGCGGAAACAGGGAUCUGAUGGUGCUGGGAACUCUGGCGUUCCACACCCGGGGUCUGGUGGGGAGGGAUGAGGACUGCACAAUGAUCAGAACGAUCCGCUGCUCCCAACCCCCCGCUUCUCAAGCUGCCUCCACUGGUGUGGUAGACAGUGUCAAAGGCAGCUUCAACUAUAGGUCUUCCAUCCAAGAGAGAUUUUGGGAAGCCGAAAAGCUUCCAUUCCUGCCUAAAUGGAAUCAAAUAGAAAUCAGUAAGAGCAGCACUGAAUCAGAUCCAGGGUCUAUCCAGCCUGCUGUCCUGCCACAGUUACCGGAAUCAGUGCUGUGA